AAGAAGCAGGAGUGUAGUCUCUAUUUACAUAAGGACAGGUGGGGCUGGAGUAUGACUGAGGGGUUCCUAAAACAUUUGGCACUUUCCUGUUCCUCUGAGGGACUGGGUACAAAGGCUCAGUCAGCGCUGGGUGACAUUACAGUCCCUGACUGUUCGUGGAGUGCACUCACAACUACUCCCAUCUAGGAGCUGCUGCUAUUAAUCGCCAGGAUUGUAUUGCUCAAGCUGGCUGUCGGACAGAGGCGGUGAACUCCACCAUUUACAGGAAUCGAAAGUGAAGUAUGACCGAUACCUCAUCCCUCCAAAAACAAAGUGCUCUAGAUAUUGAUGACAGCCAAGGAGAUGACGUCUCAACACACAAUGAGAAUUUUCCUCUGUCUUCCUUGGCCAACUUGUUUGAGAAUGAAGAAGGGGCAGUACCCGCAGAGGUGAAUAGGACUCCACAGCCUUCUUCAGAUGGCAAGCAAAACCUUAGGAUUAGAUUUCAAGGUGCUUUCAAAAAAGGUAUUUCAAAUCCAAUGGAUCUUUUGGAAUCAACCAUUUAUGAGUCUUCAGUGGUGCCGGCACCAAAGAAAGCCCCUAUGGACUCAUUGUUUGAUUAUGGGACUUAUCACCAUCAUCCUACAGAAAACCGGCGUAGACGAAAGAAGAUACUUGCAGAGAAGGAAAACCAAACUUCCCAGAAUUCCAGCCCUGACCCUCCUCCUCGAGUUAUCAAGAUGUUUAAUAGACAUAUCCUCUUUGACAUUGUGUCGAGGGGUGCCACAUCGGAGCUGGAGGGAUUCCUGCCUUUCUUGUUGUCUCAGAAGAAACGAAUGACAGAUGAGGAAUUUCGAGAACCAUCAACGGGAAAAACUUGCUUACCUAAAGCUCUGUUAAAUUUGCAAGGCGGAAGGAAUGACACGAUCCCACUCCUGGCAGAUAUUGCUGAAAAAACAGGGAAUCUCCGUGAAUUUAUCAAUUCUCCUUUCCGAGAUGUUUAUUAUAGAGGGCAGACUGCUCUUCACAUAGCUAUUGAAAGACGCUGUAAGCAUUAUGUGGAGCUGCUGGUAGAGAAGGGAGCUGAUGUCCACGCUCAGGCCAGAGGGCGCUUCUUUCAACCAAAGGAUGAGGGUGGAUAUUUCUACUUUGGUGAACUCCCACUAUCUCUGGCAGCUUGCACCAAUCAGCCUGACAUUGUGCAUUACUUGACUGAAAAUGCUCACAAGAAAGCAGAUCUACGUCGUCAAGACUCAAGGGGAAAUACUGUCCUUCAUGCUUUGGUGGCUAUCGCUGACAAUACAAGGGAGAAUACCAAAUUUGUUACAAAAAUGUAUGAUCUUCUUGUCAUAAAGUGUGCCAAACUUUAUCCUGAAAUUAGCUUGGAGGCCAUUUUGAACAAUGAUGGCAUGUCUCCCCUUAUGAUGGCAGCAAAACUGGGUAAAAUAGGGAUAUUUCAGCAUAUUAUCCGGUUAGAGAUAAAAGAGGAAGAGGCCAGGCACUUGUCUCGUAAAUUCCGGGAUUGGGCUUAUGGCCCUGUUUACUCCUCCCUGUAUGACCUAUCUUCUUUAGAUACAUGUGGUGAAGAGGUCUCUGUACUUGAAAUCCUGGUUUACAAUAGCAAGGUUGAGAACCGUCAUGAAAUGCUGGCAGUGGAGCCCAUCAAUGAACUGCUAAGGGACAAAUGGAGGAAGUUUGGAGCGGUCUCAUUCUACAUCAGUGUUGUCUCCUACCUCAUUGCUAUGAUCAUUUUUACAUUAAUUUCUUAUUACAGGCCCAUGGAGGGCAAACCACCCUACCCAUAUAAGACAACAGUGGACUACCUGCGAUUGUCCGGAGAGAUCAUAACCUUGAUAACUGGAAUAUUCUUCUUCCUUUCCAAUGUUAAAGACUUGUUCACGAAGAAGUGUCCGGGGGUAAAUUCCUUAUUUAUAGAUGGAUCUUUCCAGCUGUUGUACUUCAUCUAUUCAGUAUUGGUCAUUGUCAGCGCUGUCCUUUACUUGACUGGUAUUGAGGCUUAUCUGGCUGUAAUGGUGUUUGCCCUGGUAUUAGGAUGGAUGAAUGCACUGUACUUUACCAGAGGCCUGAAACUCACGGGAACAUACAGCAUUAUGCUUCAGAAGAUCUUGUUUAAGGAUUUGUUCCGCUUUCUCCUUGUGUACCUCCUCUUUAUGAUUGGCUAUGCUUCAGCUCUGGUGUCCUUGCUGAAUCCCUGCUCCACACAGGAGAUUUGCAAGAAUAAUGGAACAGACUGUUCUGUGCCCGAGUACCCAUCUUGCCGUGAUAGUAGCACCUUUAGUAAGUUUUUGCUGGACCUCUUCAAGCUAACCAUCGGAAUGGGAGACCUAGAGAUGAUCAACAGUGCCAAGUACCCGGCUGUCUUCAUCAUUCUCCUGGUUACUUAUAUCAUCCUCACCUUUGUCCUCCUCCUUAACAUGUUAAUCGCUUUAAUGGGGGAAACAGUUGGUCAAGUUUCAAAGGAGAGCAAACAAAUCUGGAAGUUGCAGUGGGCCACCACCAUCCUGGAUAUUGAGCGGUCAUUUCCAGUCUUCAUAAGAAAAGCUUUUCGAUCUGGAGAGAUGGUAACAGUUGGGAAGAAUUUAGAUGGGACUCAUGAUCGACGAUGGUGUUUUAGGGUGGAUGAAGUGAAUUGGUCUCAUUGGAAUCAGAAUCUUGGCAUCAUUAAUGAAGACCCCGGGAGGAACGAUACUUAUCAGUAUUAUGGUUUUUCACAAACUGUGGGGCGUCUCCGGAGAGAUCGCUGGUCAGUGGUGGUCCCUCGAGUGGUAGAACUAAACAAAACGCCUCAUAAUCCUGAUGAUGUUGUAGUUCCGCUGGAACAUAUGCAAAAUAUGCACCCAAAUUAUCAAAGGCAUGGGUAUCCACACAGUUUCAAGAAAGAUGAAACCAAUAUCUAAUAACGUUCCUCCUCCUCAGACUUCCAACUCCCUUGGUGCCUAUAGACACUUUUAACAUAUUGGAAACAGAAAUCCAUCUCCAUCUGUGCUGCUAAUCAGUGUCUGGAACUUUGCACUUUUGCACAAAUGUUUAUUUUGUAUAUGCCUGGAGUAGCUUCGGGAGGCCUGAUUCAAACUGUAAACCAAUAUGUUAUUUAAUUUUUAAUAUUUGUUUUGUAAGUUUUUUUUUAAAAGUUUUCUUGGUUACAUCUUUGCUACAAUGUACAUCCGUGAGAAGUCAAGACUGUAACAUGAUAGUUUUCCAUGAGAGGAGAUACUUUGUAUAUCUAUAUAUUGUUUAAACUGCCUUUAUUUGUCUGAUGUACAUUUCAUGCUUUAAACCUAUAAUAUAUUACACAGAGUAUUAUACAUAGUUAAAUUAUUCAGCCUUUGGUGUUCUAGAAGUACAUUAUAAGUUCUCAAGAAGGUUUGAAUGAAUUAGACUAGUGGUAUUAAAUUUAUGACUAACACAUUCUCCCAUUCUAAUAAUCGCCGUUCUUUUAUAGGUCAUUGCCCCUAAAUUCUAAAAGGCUUGCCAUUCUUUGAAUUUUCCAAACCUAAAAUGCAUUGUUUUCUCAGUGCUUUGUGACACAAGUCUGUUAUAUUAGGGUACAGACACACACUAUAGGGCUGCUGUGGAAAAUCUGCAGCUUUUCUGCCCAUAAUCCUCAGCAGGAAAAUUUUGUUGUAGAAUUUCCAUGUCAAAAGUGAUCGUUUUACUACCAUUCAAAUGAAGAAUUUUACCCGAAACUGAAAAAUAGGGCACAUACUCACCUGUUACUGAGCAUACUGAAAAGGGUUUUCCAGGAUUUUUUAACUGAUCACCUAUCCUCAUUCUUUUUACUUAGAGAUAUUGGUAUUUUUCUAAUCUGUUAUGAUGGCACUUUUUGUAAAAUUGUCAAUAAACAGUAUUGCCGUGGUUGUUACUUUUGAAUUGGUGUUUGAGAAACUGAUAGUAAAACUUUAAAGUUAUGACUAUAACAUCAAGCUCAGCUAGUAUUUGUUACUGAGAAACUAAUUCAAAGGUGAUAACCAAUAUGGAAUGGGGAGGAAGCCGCUGAAAGACUACUGGUAGCAACUAAUCUUCCCAAAAACAAAAGUAUUGGGCAGUUCAAAUCCAACUGCCUGUCCCUAUCAUCAUUUGAUGGUUAGCUGGUCCCGCCAUGUGUGUGUGUGUGUGUGUGUGUGGGGGGGGGUGGACCAUCAUACAUCUAAUGUGUAUGGUCAGCGCCAAGUAUCACUUUACAUAAAUCAAUAGUACAAGCGACUAUAAGAAACUUUGUAAUACGUUUUAAAAAUUAGAAAUGUCUAGUUCUCAUGUUAUCAGCUUUUUACCCCACCCCUUUUGCUAAUUUCUUUUCACUUUGAAAAAAACUUUGAAUUUCAUCUCUAGACAGAGCAGCUCAACAGGAGAAUCCUAUUACAUAUGUCAAUACAAGUCUAUGGAGAGGGGAGGGAGGAAAGUGAGAUGCAGCAUACAUCAAGACAGGAUUCAAAGAGAGACCGUGAAGAGACUGCAGAUCCACCCAACAUGUCUGAGAGAUCUGCAAACUUGAUGUUCAGCAUGUACAGAGGAAAACUGCUAGAAAAUGCCAGAUACAAGUGACCUAAUGGCUAGAAAUCGUGUUAUUCCACAAAUACACACACUGUACUACAGAUUAAAGCAGUGUUUUGUUCAAAGGUUAGUUACGCUUUAAAUCUGUAACAUUGCAAAGAUAGUUGUACUACAAUGGUAAAUGCAAUUGACAAUAUAUAUCUAAACCCUCACUCUGAUGCUAAAAAUUAGACUUUCACCAAUAUAUUCUUAUAUCAAGAACAUACCGGAGCCUGCGCACCUCGUCAAGGUCUCUCAUAGUGGCACAGGACCUAAUGCUAACCUACCUGUGCCAUAUGGGCAAUUACAGGAGCUGUAUGGGCAAUUACAGGAGCAUAAGGUCCGACACACAGCAUACACGCUUUAAAUCUGGUCACACACGAGCCAUCUGAAAGCAUUUUCUCCAGACCUCCCCAUAAACACGCGAUAAGCAGCUUGGGCAUAUGUAUUUCAUUGGGAGAGACUAGUCACUGAGACCCCUCUAACAGCAGCUUAUCUGGAAGUAAAGGAUUGGCAUAAAAUACAGCAUGCUUGAUAGUUCAAUAUUUACCACCAGUGGACUGUUGGGCUGCCCUUAUACUCAUUAGAUAAUUUUUUUUAUGUAUGCAUCACUAAAUAUAUAUCCCUCUUAUAGAGGUUGUAUGUUUAUUUUAAAUAAAAAUGGUGUCAAACCUGAAUAAAGUCAACAAUGUAUAUGUAUGAAGUAUGUUCUGUUGGAAAUAAAAUAAAAUGGGGAACACUUAUUAAAGCUUUAACACCUGUUUUCUAGCAUAGAAAAAUAGCAAAUUUUGGCACGAGUCCCAUUCUGUGCAAAAAAAUAAAAAUAAAAAAUUCAACUUUUCCUACUUUUACGUGACCCUGGACAAUUUUCUUAA